AUGAGUAGCAAGUUCUACAGGAUUCCAGGAAGUCAUAGACCGUCAUCAACAGUAGAUGAAUCGUCGUCGUUAUUGUCCGAAAGUAGGGAUAAUGAGACAUAUUUCAGUUAUAGGGCUACCCCCAUAGGUCAAAAGAUAUCGUCGCGAUAUGAUCCAAAUAACCCAAAUAAGAAUAAAUUAGGAACCUAUGACGGUGUGUUUGUACCGACAGCGUUAAAUGUGCUCUCAAUUCUGAUGUUUUUAAGAUUUGGCUUUAUCCUUGGUCAAUUGGGUAUCAUUUGUACCAUUGCAUUAUUGUUACUCAGUUAUUUGAUCAAUUUGUUAACAACUCUUAGUAUAUCUGCUAUUUCAACAAAUGGUACUGUUAGAGGUGGUGGUGCUUAUUAUAUGAUCUCAAGAUGUUUGGGACCGGAAUUUGGGGGAUCCAUCGGAUUGGUUUUCUUCUUAGGGCAAGUCUUUAAUAGUGGUAUGAAUGCAAUUGGUAUCGUGGAACCAAUAUUAUACAACUUAGGUCAAAAUAUCAAAGAUGAACCGCCUGCAGCAUUAUUUGCAUUAUUACCAAGAGGAGAAAUUUACGUUUUCAUAUAUGCUACUAUUAUUCUCUUUAUAUGUUUCGGAGUUGCAUUUGUUGGAUCUCAAACUGUAUCUCGAGCAGGUAACGUAUUGUUUAUCGUUCUUGCAAUUUCUAUAAUAUCAAUCCCUGUGUCAGUGAUAUUCAAGUCACCUUUCCAUGAUGGUAAGAUCCUCUAUAGUGGUCCAUCCUGGGAAACAUUCUAUGGUAAUUUGAUGCCUCAUUUCACAAAGGGUGCGGCUGGAUCUCUCUUAAAGAAAAAGGAAACAUUUAGCAAUCUGUUUGGUGUUUUCUUCCCAGCUACUGCAGGGAUAUUUGCUGGUGCUGGGAUGUCCAGUGAAUUGCGUAAGCCAUCAAAAUCCAUUCCUAAGGGAACUCUUUGGGGGUUGAUAUUUACUUUUAUUUGCUACACUGUUGUCGUAUUAGCUAUGAGUUGUUCGAUUCCAAGAGAAACAUUAUAUUCUGAGGUUCAAGUAAUUCAAUCUGUCAGUGGGGUCCAAUGGAUAAUUUUUUUGGGUGAGUUGUCAACCUCUUUGUUUUCUAUAAUUGUUGGUAUGGUUGGGGCAGCUUAUGUAUUAGAGGCUAUUUCAAUGGAUAACAUCUUACCUGGUCUUUCCAUAUUUUGUCGUAGACCCAUUUAUUCGUUAAUAUUUACAUGGAUGUUGACUCAAUUAUGCCUAUUAUCUGAUGUUAACAAGAUUGCUUCAUUUAUCACUCUAACGUUCCUGAUGACCUUUAUAGUGAUGAACCUUGCGUGUUUCCUAUUAGAAGUUGCAGCAGCACCAAAUUUUAGACCCUCAUUUAAGUAUUUUGAUCGUUACACCGCUUUGAGCGGUGCAGUCCUCUCGACGGUAGCUAUGAUCGUAGUUGAUGGAAUAACAGCUUCUGCCAUCAUCCUAUCCAUGGGUCUUUUAUUCUUAAUUAUCCAUUACUUCUGUCCUCCCAAACCAUGGGGUGAUGUGUCACAAAGUUUAAUCUAUCAUCAGGUAAGAAAAUAUUUAUUGAGAUUACGUCAAGAUAAUAUAAAGUAUUGGAGACCACAAGUAUUACUAUUUGUCGAUAAUCCAAGAACUAGUUGGACCUUGAUUAGAUUUUGUAAUAGUUUAAAGAAAGGUGGGCUUUACGUUUUAGGUCAUGUUACAGUGACCAACGAUUUUCAGACACAGUAUUCAGAAUUGAAGAAACAAAAACAUGCUUGGGAAAAGAUAAGAGACAUGUCAAAAAUUAAAGCCUUUGUUCAGGUUGCUACUGGGCCAAGUUUGCUAUGGGGGAUAAGAAACGUCUAUUUAGGGUCAGGUCUUGGUGGUAUGAAACCCAAUAUUUCAGUUAUUGGGUUUUUUGAUCUGGAGUCCUACCGUCAUCAUAAUGCACAACGUGAAGAACCACAAUUAACUGCUACUAGAGAUGUAACGAAACAAGCUGUUUGUGUUAAUAUUCCAAUGGGAGCACUUCCAUUACCUACAGAUAUGUUUAAAAAUGAGGAAAAAGUCAGAAUAACACAAUGGGUUGAAGUAAUUGAGGAUUUAUCGCUAAUGCAAUCAAAUAUUGCUGUUGCUUAUGGAUUUGGAAAAUUAAAACUUCCAGAGAAGGGCAAAACAUUGUCAGGUAAAAAACAAGUUAUCGAUCUUUAUCCAAUUCAAAUGUCAGCUACAAUGAAUACAGACCCUGGUAAGCCAUCUAUUAUAACAUCUAAUUUCGACACCUACACUUUGAUUUUACAAUUAGGUGCGAUUUUAAUCACUGUCCCUGAAUGGAGAGAUACCCAUGAACUUCGAAUAAUAUUAUUUGUUGAGAAUGAUUAUGAAAGAAUUUCUGAAAAUGAAAGAAUGGUAAAAUUGUUGCAGGUUUUAAGAAUAGAGGCAACAGUACUUGUUGUAUCAUUGGAUCAGUUUAGAGUUUAUAAUACAAUUGUAAAAGGUAAUUCGAUUGCAAUGGAAUAUGUUAAUGAAGAAUUAAAAGAUAACACUUGGUGGAAGGAUCUUAUUGAAGCAAGAGAAACUCUACAACCCAAAAGACGUUUCUCAACCACGACACCUGCCCAAAGUCAAGAUCAACAAUUUUCAACUAAUAUCAAUGUUAAAAAGACUAGAAAAUAUAGCACAUCAAAAAUGCAAAAACUAGGUGUUUCCUUGAAAAUGGAAUCAAAUAUGCCAAAGGGUGUUAUACAGACACCAAUAAUGAGUGAUGAUUCAGAAAACGAAACAGACUCUAUGAGAGAUUCUCAUUUGUCUAUAGGUGAAGUUGCAAGAGAAAUGAAACAUCAACACGUCAAGAGAUUAGCUUCUUCGAUAAGUCAAUUUCAAAAACGAUCUUCAUCUCAAAAUUUAAAGCCUGUCUUUUCAAGUAAAGCGUUACCAAAUACUAAGGUUAUAGAGGAUAGUACAGGUGAUAAACCAUCGAUUGUUCCUAUUGAAGAUGAAAUUGAAACAAUAAAAUCACCAAGGGAAAGUUUAUCGGGUAGAUCUAUCUUACCUGAGAUCUCUCCGUGUUGUUCAGAUAGCAGUUUAGUGGAAGCUAUGGAAAAUUUAGGUUUUGGUGAUUUACCAAGUCGUGCGCAAUAUCUAGUAUUAAACGAUAUGAUGAUUCAACUAUCUAGGAAAUCUAACUUAAUAUUUUCUACCUUACCUAUACCCGCCUUGGGUACACAUCAAGACUUAGAGGGAAGCGUUGGGUACGUGGAGGACAUCGACAUAUGGUUAAGGAAUCUUCCACCCACAAUGUUGAUCAAUUCACAAACUAUGACUGUCACUACAGCAUUAUAG